AGUCGCCUGACUUGAAACGUUCUAUUUCAGCGCGUUCACGGCCCUGUCGUAAGUGGCCGUCUGUUUGCAGCCUCGGUGACCGGUGUGUUUGUGGUUGCUAGGCCGGGUCUGAGCACUCGCUCCUGGGAUUCAGUCUGUAUUAGCCAGCGUCGCCAAGAUGACUCGACACUUUAUCACCUGUCUACCAACAUUCGUCGACAAAGUCAUCUAAUGGGAGUUUUAAACAUUUGAAAGUGGCUGUCACUGCUACUGCAGAACCAUUUGCGUCACUACACACACACACACGUACAUCAAUGUAGCAGCCCAACACGGUCGCUACUUUAAUUUCAAGUGUAUUAAAUGGUGCUUAGGAGUGACGCACUUAAAGUGUACGUGUGAUACGUGACUUUUUAUCGUGUCUUUUUUCGUGGUCUUUUACUCGUCACGAGUUCGAUCUCGAAAUGUCCUCAGAAUCCCACCAACAGCAGAUUAAAUUCGUUUCAUUGUGACAAACGAGUAGUGAAACGAAAUAUUUCUUUAACGGCUGAACUAAUGUUAUUCUACCCUGGGACCUUAAAAGCCAAUGUUUUUGGACUAGAAGCCCGGUUUGUCUGCUUGUCUGAUCCACUGAAUGGUUCUGAUGUGGGCUUCCAGACCAGCUAAUUGCUCCUGAAGUUCCUCUUGGACGUGUGGAUUCACCUCGCCACCAUGUCCAAAAGCAGGAGCGCCGAGUCGGUGAAGGUGGUGGUGCGAUGCCGCCCCAUGAACGAGAAAGAGAAGGCUGCCAACUACGAGAGGGUCGUCUCUGUCGACGUCAAAUUAGGACAAAUAAUCGUCCGGAACCCCAGGGAGGCUUCGUCGGGAGACGUUCCCAAGGUCUUCACCUUUGACUCGGUUUAUGACUGGAACUCUAAACAGUUAGAUCUGUAUGAUGAAACCUUCAGGCCUCUGGUGGAUUCCGUUCUCCUGGGGUUUAACGGGACCAUCUUUGCUUAUGGACAGACGGGUACAGGGAAGACCUACACCAUGGAGGGGGUGAGAAAUGACCCCGAGAGGAGAGGCGUGAUCCCCAACUCCUUUGAGCACAUCUUCACUCACAUUUCUCGCUCCCAAAAUCAGCAGUACCUGGUGCGAGCAUCGUAUCUGGAGAUCUAUCAGGAGGAGAUCAGAGACUUGCUCUCCAAAGACCAGUCAUGUCGCCUGGAGCUCAGGGAGAAGCCCGACACAGGAGUGUAUGUCAAAGACCUUUCAUCUUUUGUCACCAAGAGCGUGCGGGAGAUCGAGCACGUCAUGAAUGUUGGCAACCAGAAUCGAUCUGUGGGUGCCACCAACAUGAACGAGCACAGCUCCCGCUCGCACGCCAUCUUUGUCAUCACUGUGGAGUGCAGUGAGCUUGGCAUGGAUGGGGAGAACCACAUUCGAGUGGGUAAGCUGAACCUGGUGGAUCUGGCUGGUAGUGAGCGGCAGACCAAGACCGGAGCUCAGGGGGAGAGACUCAAGGAAGCCACCAAGAUCAACCUCUCGCUUUCCGCCCUGGGGAAUGUCAUCUCCGCUCUAGCUGAUGGGAGAAGCAGCCACAUUCCGUACAGGGACUCGAAACUCACCCGCCUGCUGCAGGACUCUCUGGGAGGAAAUGCCCGCACUGUCAUGGUGGCCAACAUCGGGCCGGCGUCGUACAACGUGGAGGAGACCAUCACCACGCUGCGCUACUCCAACAGAGCGAAGAAUAUCAAGAACAAACCUCGCAUCAACGAAGACCCCAAGGAAGCUCUGCUCCGGGAGUUCCAGGAGGAGAUCGCCAGGCUGAAGGCUCAGCUGCAGAAGCGCUCGGUGAAGAAGAAGAGGAGGCGGCAGAAGCGGAGGGGCGGCGAGGGGAGUGACGGCGACGACCUGGAGGACGCGGAGACGGAGGACGAUGAGGUCGAGGGUGAGGACAAGGACGACUACUGGAGACAGCAUGAGGAGAAACUUGAGAGGGAGCGGAGAGCCAUCAUGGAGGACCACAGCCUGGUGGCUGAGGAGAAGUUCAGACUGCUCAGAGAGAAGGAGAGGAAGAUGGAGGAUCUGAGGAGGGAAAGAGAGGCUGGAGAGAUGCUGGCUGCCAAAGUGGAGGCCAUGGAGAGCAAGCUGUUGGUGGGAGGGAAGAACAUCGUGGAUCACACCAACGAGCAGCAGAAAAUGCUGGAGCUGAGGAGGCAGGAGAUCGCUGAGCAGAAACGGCGGGAGCGUGAGAUGCAGCAGCAGGUUGAAAGCAGGGAUGAGGAGACUUUGGAGCUGAAGGAGACCUACAGUUCCCUGCAGCAGGAAGUAGACAUCAAGAGCAAGAAACUGAAAAAGAUGUUUGCCAAGCUGCAGGCGGUGAAGGCAGAAAUCCACGACAUCCAGGAGGCGCACAUCAACAAGCGGCAGGAGCUGGAACAGACUCUGGACGAGCUCAACCGCGACCAGAAACUCAAGCAGCUGAUCAUCGAGAAUUUCAUCCCGCUUAAAGAGAAGAACAAGAUCGUGCAGCGGGCGUAUUUGGAUGAGGAGGACGACUACUGGAAGAUGAGGCCCAUCACUCGCAUGGAAGAUGACCAUCAGAUGAUGAGCCGGCCGCUCUCUGCCGUGGGCUACAGGAGGCCUCUCAGUCACCACGCCCGAGUGGCCAUGAUGACCAGGCCGGACGUCAGAUACAAGGCGGAGAACAUCCUGAUGAUGGACAUGGACCUGCCAGUCCGGACCACCACUGAGUACCAGGAGCCGGUUAUUGCCCCCACGGUGGCAGCCGCUCUAGAGGACGCCCUGAGGGAUGAGGAUGAGAUCCAGGUGGACGCCUCGGGGUUCCGCAGCAGUCUGGGCGUGACCCCGCCCACCGGCGCCAGCAGCGGUCUGAAGAAGCCAAAGUCCAGUCGCCCGAGGACUGGGAAGAAGUCCAGCACGCCCACGUCACCGUACGGCCUCUCGAGUCCAGCCCCGCCUCUGUACCCGCAGCCCCGGGGCCUGGUGCCCAAGUGAGCUCCCAUGUGACCUGCGGACGGACCCCUCUGCUGCUCCAGCGUCUGAGGAGGUCCCUGCACUGCCACUGUUGUCUCAUGGAGAGCAACUUGACUGAUUGUGCGAGCUCGGCCACGCCUCCAUCACAACUCAGAGCUUUGAAGGGACCAGAGAUGUUCCAGUCACACACACCUCCACUGAAAGAGUCUGUUCACAUCAAGUCUUAAAUCAUGUCUGAAGCAGGGUCCCGUCAGGCGCCUGCCCUCUGAGGACACCAGAAACACACCAGUGGUCCCUUCAAGUCUGUGAGGUUCUUCUGCACACGUGGGAAGGUGAAACGCUCUGGAAAUGCUCCUCCACCUCCUGACCUGAGUCACUGUGGGCAGCUGCUCGGUGCCUCCUGGGAGACGAGCUGUGAAACCAGCAGCAGAAUCAAGGCGUUGCUCAGAGGACGAGUGAGUGGCAGCUGAUCACUGGCGGAGCCUGCUGACAGUGAAGAGCAUUUCCUCAGCUCCAUGCUGUUCUUCCCUGCGAGACAGACGCGCUCUUGUUCUGUGUGAUGCAUCAUUGGUCCAAGGUGCCUUUAUUUUCGCCGCAGCCCUCUUCUCUGCUGCAAGUUUUGGUUAUUACCUCAUCCACACUGCGUCGGGACGGGCCUUGGACGGAGCUGAGGGUCUCCCACACACGGCUGCUACUGCGUCUCCACCUCCUGAGCGAAGACCUGUCCACACGCUUUACUGAUCAGGUGACUAAAGAUGCUGGAACUGGUGUGUGGACCAGAACGUCUUACAUACUGGCAUAUCUAACUUGAGACUGUCGUCCUGAUCACUUGCGCUCUGAAACAGAUCUAAUUUAUUCUUUUUAUAUAAACAGAUGUAGAUAUAAUUUUCUAUUGUUUACUCGAGAGAAAUGCUUUAUUUGUUGGCAUCAUUUUUUCUAUGAUGUUUACUGACGAUAUAGAGCUGCAGAUGACAUUCCCACACGUGUAACAUUUAGCAUGAGGAGUGGUUGUUACUAACACUGUGACGUCGUUCAUGUCAUGUACACUUUCAAUAAAACAGUGCACAUUACACUCUCUGCUUUUGUGUU